AACAAUUUUCGCAGCAGCAGAAACAGAAAAAGAAAAUGGCCGCCCCCAUAGCAGCUGUCAGCAGACUUUGCAAAUACAAGGCCGUGUAAGAAAGGAAAGAACAGGCAAUUUUUCGCUGCAUCAUGUCGUGUGUGUUGACCAAUAUUGGGUGUUUUGAGGAUAGUUUUGCGGUGCGGAAAUUUCUCUUUCCCAAUAACAAAGAAGCUAAAAAAGAAGAUAUUGGACUUGAUGGUUGGGAUGAUGCUGACUGGGGAUGGAACCAAGAUGAAGAAGAGGAGGAGAGUAAAGAAGAAAAGAAAGAUGAGCAGGAGAAUUGGUUGCAAGAAUGUCAAAUGUCUUUGUCUCCAACAAAUGACCUGAUGGUUAUGGCGUACGAGGAGAGGGUGGUAUUCCUGCAACAGAAAUGGGACCCCAGGGAUGACGAUGGGAUAGAUUAUCGAUACCACACUGUCUAUAAAGGAGCUCUCAAUCAGGACGAAGGAGAGUGCGUGACCAGCGUUUUGUGCAUACCUCUGGCAUCUCAAAAGCGCAGUUCACACGGGGCACCAAACUGGACUUGUGUCGUUGUUGGCUUCACGUCUGGAUAUGUCCGUAUGUAUACUGAGACUGGUGCACUACUGCUGUCUCAGCUCCUCCACGAGGACCCCAUUCUAAAGCUCAAGUGUCGUACCUAUGAGAUUCCCCGGUACCCUGGGAUAGCCGAGCAACAGGAAGAGCUGACAAUACUGUAUCCCAGUGCACUGGUAACCAUCGAUGGUUUCAGCCUGUUCCAAUCCCUCAGGGCAUGCAGAAAUCAACUGGCAAGAGCUGCAGCCAGUGGCAGUGACCAGAUUCAACCACCUCCUCUGGCUUAUAAGAAGUGGGGACUAGUCAGACAGGAUGCCACGACGGAUCACAUUAGCUGUGGUGUGGUAACGCCAUGUGCCUUUGACCAGCUCAACGCAGACUCCAUCAUUCAUGGAUACACAGCGAGUGUCAAGGCCACGCCUCCUGCUUCCUCUCGCUAUGUAACCACGGGUGUCGGCCCUUUUGUAGGCUUCUUCUAUGCAUUGGAGGGAAUCAGCCAGCCAUUAUUGUCUGACGUUGCCAUGGCAAUGGCAAGUAAACUGAAGUCUGCGUUCUUAUCUGCUGCAAGUGGUUGGUUUGGCAUCGGCGGUAGCAGGCAGGGUACCGAGGAUCAAAUAGGUGGCAACAGGCACAAGCCAAAGGUGGAACCAGCCACAUCUCUUCCAAUCAGGUAAGUGCAUUUUUGAUGAUUCUUUGUCCUUGAUGGAAUGAAAUUGAUAAAAAACUCAAUGGAAAUCAUUUUAUCACCUGAUGGUGACUAGAGCAAGCUAGUCGAAACGUUGAGACAGUUAAUAGGGAUCCUAUGUGGGAUGACACUCCUGGAGCUCCGUAUAUAAGCUAAAAAAGUAGUCCUACCUUCCAACCAGGUAGUAGACAAACAAAGCAGGA